AUGACAUUGCCCAACUCUAUGCACGCCAUAUGCUCUGACCGGCGGUGUAGUAUAGCCAUCAAAUUAUCGUAUCUACUGCCGUUUAUUAUUUGCAGUCCGACCUUUUUAGUGUUUGAAAUACUGGAAACGGAAGUAGUCGAAAACGGCACUGUGGCCACGUUGUACCAUUUGGGAUUGAGCACAAUAGCAAGAGUGAACCAUGAGUUAUUGUACAUGAUACAUCUGUGGACAUAUGCUGUGAUCAUCAAACUACUGCCUUGCCUAAUACUAACCGUCGUUACCAUAUCUCUGAUAAACGCGUUGAGUGAAGCAUCUGAAAGGAAAGCAAAACGACUUCCGACCCAGCAACAAAUGGCUCGUAUAAGGAAUAUGAAACUUAAGAAAAGGAUGGACCGAACUAGCCGUAUAAUGAUCGCGGUGUUGUUAUUAUUUCUUGCCACGGAAUUCCCGCAAGGAAUACUGGGUCUACUAAGUGGAAUACUGGGAAGGGGUUUUUUUCAAACUUGUUACAGUUUAUUUGGCGAGCUUAUGGACAUGUUAGCUCUGCUGAAUGCAUCAUUAAACUUUGUAUUUUAUUGUUGCAUGAGCAAACAGUUUCGUGUAGCGUUCGGGCAAUUAUUCAGAACCCAGCCUAGCAUUAUGUUUAAGCCCAACAAUAUUUUGGAGACAUUCGUAUAGGAUUUGGAGGAGGGUUAGGGCAGGCGGAUUGAAACCGUGAAAAUUAACCGAAUAUUGUCGAUGUGCCCGCUAUUUAAUCCUGGUGGAAAUUACGGGUAAGUUAAUUUAUUUCAUAGUUAUUAAAUAUGUUCAAAGUUUCAAACAUAAACGUUUAACCAAAUUAUAAUCACCAUCCAAGUCAAUAGUUUUUAUAUUAUAAGCUUAAGUUGCUCAAAUAUGACGAAACGUCAUAUUUUUUAUUAAAAUUAUUAAUUUAAUUAAUUUUCUAAGUUGAACACUAACUAUAACUGUCAUAAUAUAUUCGGGUGUGUUUUUGUAGAUAACAAUAUUUCCAACUCACAGAAAUUAGACUGCAUUGACGGAAUUAUGAUUUUUAAUCAUAAAAAAGAUUUGUUAUCCAAAAUAUAUUUUUCAAUACAUACAAUAAAUAUACUUCUGCAUAACAUAAAAUUUGUGGUAUAUUAUGGUAACUAAAAAUCAUAUUAACCCAAGUAAUGACUAUUUAACCGAAUCCUGAUGUCACCCACCCAUUCGUUUUUUACUUUUUUAUUAUAGAAUAUGGAAAUAUUUUUCAUUGGUAAUAACUAAUAAAUAUUAUUGUUAUAAAAUUAGGUUUUUAAUACUUACAUUGAACUUAGUUUUUAUAGGAAAAUAAUGGUUUUAAUAUACACAAUGCUGUAAAUCCCUGAGUAAAUAUUUAAAAAAUACCUAUUUAAUAAAAUAAUAUUAAUUUCUAUUGAUCAAUAUCUAAACUAAAAUAAUGUACCUAUAAUAGCCUCAAUAAUAGUUUAUUCAUGUGAAAUGCUUAUUAAUUCGUUGACUCUAAGCAAAUAUAUUUUAUA